UAGAAAAGGCCCUAAAUUGGGCUUGAAGCUGAAUUUGGGCCUUGAAGACUGUUCGAAUUUCACCACUCAAUGAUGUAAUGUUUUACCGCCAACCUGGAGUUUUGACUGUUUCUACAACGAUCAACUGAAACUCUCUGCCACUUCCCACACUUCCCUCCCCCACUCUCCUCACAUUACAACUGUAAUAACUGCUAAAUCAACCCUUUUUUUGCUGCUAUAUUAUAACGUCCAGUCAACGGACGUUAUUCUUCUCGGCAGAUUGCUAUAAACUCUUGAGUUGAGAGGACAAUAGAAGAAGAAAGAGAGAUUUUCAGGUCAAUUGUAUUUUGAGUUAUCUCCUAAAGGACCUAAACUGUAUUUGUUCCGAAUGGCUUCCGGCGUAGCUGCCUCAAGGACCUUCAGUAAUUUGUUUCUCUCCGCCCUUUUCACCGCAUCAAUGGUGGCGGGUUUCCGGUUUGAAGUUGGAGAAGAGAGGGGGUGGAGAAAGCCAACUGGAAAGGAGCCAGAGACUUAUAAUGAAUGGGCUGCCAAGAACAGAUUCCACAUUGGAGAUACUGUUUAUUUCAAGUACCAGAAGGACUCAGUGCUGGUGGUGAGCUCUGAUGAUUACUUAACAUGCAACACUUUGAAUCCAAUCUCCAAAUUUGAUGAUGGAAGCACAGUUUUCCAGUUCGAUCGAUCGGGGUUAUUCUACUUCAUCAGCGGGCAGCCUGGCCACUGCAGAUCAGGCCAAAGGCUUAUUAUCCGCGUGAUGCACCCGUCAGAAGUGGAGGCUCCAGAACUUGCACCCUCGCCUUCCACUGGUGGGGGAUCGGGUGGAGAUGGCGGGCUGCUGGCUGAUAAUUCUACUGCAAAGCGCUCUUGCAUUUCUUACUUCGUGACUGGUCUGGCAAGUGUUUUUGUGAUUCUCUAUUUGUUCAUGCAGGAACCAUGAUGGAAUAGUGUUUAAGUUUCCUUGAUUUGAUGGUAGAUAGUUUUUUCUUAGAAUGAUUUGCUUUUGGCAUUUGAUAUUAUUGUUGCUUAUUUGUUAAUUAUUAUUUUACC